AUGAAGUUCUCAGUUGCUCUUACUACUGCUUUUGUUGGAUUCGUCGCGGCUGGUCCCGUGGCGAAGAGAGACCCUGCGCAACCUGUCGGGGGCGUCCCUGAGUCCAAAAUAAAGCGAGCCUUCGGCGACGACCCGGAUCGCUUCGGUGGACUGAUCGAUCCUAGCACCUUCGCCCCGGUGAACCCCCCCUCCCAGCCGCCUUCGGGAUUCAACGAUAAUGGAGUUAUCAACCCUGCCGACUUUGGUAUCGGACCCCCUCCGGGGAAGACUAAGAGAGCCUUCGGCGACGACCCGGAUCGCUUUGGUGGACUGAUCGAUCCUAGCACCUUUGCCCCGGUGAACCCCCCUUCCCAGCCGCCUUCCUCAGGAUUUAACGAUAAUGGAGUUAUCAACCCCGCCGACUUCGGUAUCGGACCCCCUCCGGGGAAGACUAAGAGAGCCUUCGGCGACGACCCAGAUCGGUUUGGUGGACUGAUCGAUCCUAGCACCUUCGCCCCGGUGAACCCCCCCUCCCAGCCGCCUUCGGGAUUCAACGAUAAUGGAGUUAUCAACCCUGCCGACUUUGGUAUCGGACCCCCUCCGGGGAAGACUAAGAGAGCCUUCGGCGACGACCCAGAUCGGUUUGGUGGACUGAUCGAUCCUAGCACCUUCGCCCCGGUGAACCCCCCCUCCCAGCCGCCUUCGGGAUUCAACGAUAAUGGAGUUAUCAACCCCGCCGACUUCGGUAUCGGUCCUCCGGGGAAGGCACGCCGUUAG